UUUCAACAAUGCAGCAGCAGCAGCAACAGCAGCAGCAGGCGCAGUCGACUGAGAUUGGCAACGAGCUUCAACGAACAAAGCGGCUGCAGCUCGAACUCCGAAGCCUCGUAAAGAGCGGCGAGUACGACAUUGACCUCGGCGGUGACACUGGAGACGCGCUCGACAUCUGGAAUAUCAAGCUGUACAAGAAAAACCUGCCGCAGGACUCCGGGCUGGCGGCAGACCUGGACGAGCUGAUCAAGCGCAACGGCCAAGACCACAUCCACUUGCAGGUCAACUUCCCCGCGCAGUACCCGACCGAGCCGCCCUUCUUCCGGGUGGUGUCGCCGCGAUUCAAGUGGCACACGGGCCACGUCUCGGUCGGCGGGUCGGUCUGCCUCGAGGUCCUCGUCAACACGCACACGGCCGCGGGCUACAAGUCCCGCUACGUCAUGGAGUCGCUCCUCUGGAUGGUCAUCAUCAAUCUCGUCUCGGACAACCCGGCAGCGGGCGUUGGUCCGGGCCGCAUCGAUUUCGACGCCAUGUUUGGGCCCCAGCCGCGCACGGGGUACUCGGAGGACGAUGCUCGCAAGCACUUUAAUCGCAUCAUUGGCCAGCACGGCUGGAUUAACUGGAGCGCCGACGGCCGCAAGCCGUGCUCGUUCGCCCCAAACUGCUACAGGAAGAAUCCCCAGCACUGGGCGGAAUUUUCUCAUGAAGGGCAAGAGGCGCCGGUCGAGCGCGACGAUGCGCCACCGUACCAGGCACCCAGCCCUCCGGUUUCAACCCUGUCCCCGCACGCGCAGCCCUUCGUUCCUGCCCGCAGUCCGUCCUCUUCUGCAACGCCAGUUGACGGAGCAGAUCCCGCGCGGUCACCUUUGCGGCAGUAACCGCGCCGAAGCGUCUGUUUUGGUUGCUACUGUAGAGUGUGCAGUUUUGAUAUUGUCGUUGUGAUCGAUGUUGUUUUAUGUUUGUUGUUGUUGAAGAUUAAAUGGUUAGGGCAUACACACC